UCGUGAUAUUCAUAUCUUUCCUUGUUCUCUAGAAUACGCCUUCGCCGCAGCGCUUACUUCACCUCAGACGCCUUAUUAUGGUCUGACAGAUUCGACGUGUUAUAAUCUGCCGCGUCUUGACCGUAAGCGCUCGCGCUCAAUACACUGCUCAAGACUUGUGAGCACGAGUGAGUGCUGAAGCUGUUAUAUUCAGAUGUUUCUGCGAGCAAGAUGUGUUCUCCAGACUCUUCAUCUACUAGCGAAACAAGACUCAGGAACGACCUUUUGCGAUUUCGAGAGGGAAGUCCCAAGAAUCGCCGCCACAACCAAAUCUAGGACGCUCAGCCAUGUGUCAACUGCUUGGGCAGUACUUUCCCAAAUGUACCCACUACGUCGGCUGUGCAUCUUUAUGCGACAAGGCUGCCAAGACCAAAGCCGAUCUGAACGUAUGCGAGAAUGUCGAAGUCGACCGAGAGACCGCUAAGACCGGUAUUCAUUGUUGCCAAGCGUGCUGCAAUGAAUCAAGGAGUCGUCUCAUGGAAGAGUACGACAGGCUGGUGGAUCAGGAACGCAAACUGCUUGAUCCCAAGAAAUGGAACGGUGAUCAGGAAAAAGAGAUCGCAAAAUGCAGAUCAAAAGUGUUAGCAAUGGAGACAAGACUUAAGAGCUGUCCCCGUCAAUGCUUGGGAUAUCAAAAGGAAGUAUCGGGCAUUCACGAAGGAGGCUACCUUGGGUACGUGAGGGCGCAUGCAAACGGAAGAGAAUUUGAUAUAGACCCCGACUGGUGGACGCUUAAGAAGAAUCUCAUCAAGUCGAAUGUCGAAGCUCUCGGCAAAUGGAUGCAUGGAACCAAUCUUGUUGAUGUGAGAGGAGAUCACAAUCCGGCCAAAUAUUGGCCACCCAACCCAGAGCACGUGUCCCCAUUCGUGAGGCGGGGGUGAUUUUCACCCAUUUUCAUCGCCGCGGAGGUAUCUUACAAAGUAUUGGUGGGCAUUCGCUAUUUCACUUGAUCAUGACAGUUGUUGUUGAGAAGAUAAGAAGUAUCCCUCGAGCGUUGUGUGUCUGGACUGUCGAGAGGAUUUGUUCGUGACGGCAGCUUCCUGAACGCAUUGAGAUGGUCAAUUUGUCCACUAUAUAGCUUUGCUGUACUUGCAUCGUUUGGCCUGAAAAUCCAUGUCAUCCUUGAAAUCAUGGCCGAACAUGUAAUCACUGUGUAGUCAAUCG